GGGCCGGGGGGUCUCGGUGUCUGGGCUGACAUCGAUAUUUUUGGUUUUGGCUCCGCAGCGUUUUAAACACGGGGAAGGGCACGCGCCGAGUGGCAGCAGCUCCUCCGUGACAAAGCGAUUUCUAUUCCACGGCAGCUUUUCUGGGGGGAAACGAGACGUGAAUUUUUCCUGUCUGAGGGCUCGUUUUCCCCCACCAAGGCUCAGCUUAUCUAGAGAAAUCACAGUGUAGGUACGCGGUCGCAGCGGCACAUGUUAAUAUAUUUAAAUUCUGGAACAGGAGAACUCUUCUCUGAAUUCCGAGCCCAUUAAUUUCAGUCCCCGCUGAGCAUGUUCACUUUCGGCUUGGCUGAAGAGGAAAUAAAGGCAGAGCAGGAGGUGGUGGAGGGGAUGGACAUCUCCACUCGAUCCAAAGAUCCUGGCUCUGCUGAACGCACAGCACAAAAAAGGAAAUUUCCCAGCCCUCCACAUUCCUCUAAUGGCCACUCACCACAAGAUGCAUCAACAAGUCCUAUAAAAAAGAAAAAGAAACCUGGUCUAUUGAACAGUAAUAAUAAAGAGCAGUCAGAACUAAGACAUGGUCCGUUUUACUAUAUGAAGCAGCCACUCACCACAGACCCUGUUGAUGUUGUACCGCAGGAUGGACGGAAUGAUUUCUAUUGCUGGGUUUGUCAUCGGGAAGGCCAAGUCCUCUGCUGCGAGCUCUGCCCUCGGGUUUAUCAUGCUAAGUGUCUGAAACUGACAGCCGAGCCAGAGGGGGAUUGGUUUUGCCCCGAAUGUGAGAAAAUCACAGUGGCAGAAUGCAUAGAAACACAGAGUAAAGCAAUGACAAUGCUCACCAUCGAACAGCUAUCAUAUCUACUGAAGUUUGCACUACAGAAAAUGAAACAGCCAGGGACAGAGCCAUUUCAAAAGCCAGUUUCACUGGAUCAACACCCAGAUUAUGCAGAAUAUAUCUUUCAUCCAAUGGACCUUUGUACAUUAGAGAAGAAUGUUAAAAAGAAAAUGUACGGUUGCACUGAAGCAUUUUUGGCUGAUGCCAAAUGGAUUUUGCACAACUGCAUUAUUUACAAUGGGGGAAAUCACAAAUUGACACAGACAGCAAAAGUCAUCAUCAAAAUCUGUGAGCAUGAGAUGAAUGAAAUCGAAGUUUGUCCGGAAUGUUAUUUAGCUGCUUGCCAAAAACGAGAAAAUUGGUUUUGUGAGCCUUGUAGCAAUCCCCACCCUUUGGUCUGGGCUAAACUCAAAGGCUUUCCAUUCUGGCCUGCUAAAGCACUGAGGGAUAAAGAUGGGCAAGUCGAUGCCCGUUUCUUUGGCCAACAUGACAGGGCCUGGGUUCCAAUAAAUAAUUGCUACCUCAUGUCUAAAGAAAUUCCUUUUUCUGUGAAAAAGACUAAAAGCAUCUUCAAUAGUGCAAUGCAAGAAAUGGAGGUUUAUGUUGAUAACAUUCGUAGAAAAUUUGGAGUAUUUAAUUACGCACCUUUCCGGACACCAUAUACUCCCAACAAUCAAUACCAAAUGUUGUUAGACCCUGCAAACCCAACUGCUGGAACUGCAAAGACGGACAAACAAGAGAAAAUCAAACUGAACUUUGAUAUGACAGCAUCACCCAAGAUUCUGAUGAGCAAGUCUAUGCUGAGCAGCAGCACAGGCCGUAGGAUUUCACUGACAGAUAUGCCACGGUCACCAAUGAGUACAAACUCAUCAGUUCACACUGGCUCUGAUGUUGAACAGGAUGCAGAGAAAAAAGCAACUUCCAGUCAUUUUAGUGCCAGUGAAGAAUCCAUGGACUUUAUUGAGAAAAAUACAGCUUCUCCAGCACCAACGAGAACAGGGCAAGCAGGGAGCUUGUCAGGCAGCCCCAAACCUUUCUCUCCUCAAGCAUCAACACCAAUUUCUUCUAAGCAAGAAAGAACCUCCACUCCAGGAAGCAUUCUGAAUCUUAAUCUUGACCGUAGCAAAGCUGAGAUGGAUCUGAAAGAGCUGAGUGAGUCAGUCCAGCAGCAGAGCACUCCUGUGCAGCUCAUCUCCCCCAAACGACAGAUCCGGAGCAGGUUCCAGCUGAACCUGGACAAGACAAUAGAGAGCUGCAAAGCACAACUUGGAAUAAAUGAAAUAUCUGAAGCUGUUUAUACUGCAGUAGAACACAGUGACUCUGAAGAUUCUGAAAAAUCCGACACCAGUGACAGCGAAUACAGUGAUGAGGAUCAGAAAUCAAAGAAUGAUCAAGAAGAUGGUGAGGACAAGGAAGGUACAAGAAGUGACAAAGAAUCAUUGAGCUUGAAAAAAAAACCUAAGCCCCCAGCACAGAAUGAAGACAAGGAGGAACUUAAAAGCACAAGUCCAGAAGUGGAGAAAACAGAAGAACCGGUCAAGGAAAAGUCCAUUUCAGACACUGAAAAAGAAUUUUCCGAAAAGGGAAAAAGUUUACAGCAUCCUGCAAAAGAAAAGCUGAAAGGUAAAGAUGAAACAGACUCUCCAACUGUGCAUCUAGGACUGGACUCUGAUUCUGAGAGUGAACUUGUCAUCGAUCUAGGAGAUGAUCAUUGUGCUCGUGAAGGAAGGAAAAACAAGAAAGAAUCUAAAGAACCUUCUCCCAAACAAGAUGUUGUAGGUAAAACUCCACCCUCCUCCAGUGCAAGCACUCAGCCUCUACCAGAAACUCCAGUCCUCACCCGUUCUGCAGCCCAGACCCCCCCAGCUGGUGUGACAGCAACCACGAGUGCUGCUUCCACUGCCAGUGCUCCAUCUGCAGCCACAGGGAGCCCUGUGAAAAAGCAGAGGCCUUUGCUGCCCAAGGAAACUGCCCCUGCUGUGCAGCGGGUGGUGUGGAAUUCUUCCAAUAAAUUCCAGACAUCUUCUCAGAAAUGGCACAUGCAGAAGGUACAGAGGCAGCAGCAACAGCAGCAGAGCCAGCAGGCUCAGUCACAGCAGCCUCAGUCCUCUCAAGGGACGAGAUACCAGACAAGACAAGCAGUUAAAGCUGUGCAGCAAAAAGAGAUCACCCAGAGCACUUCCACGUCCACUAUAACCUUAGUCACAAGCACUCAGCCUAUUUCUAUGGUUACCAGUUCUGGAUCUGCAAGUACACUUUCUUCCUCACUAAACACAGACCUGCCCAUUGCAACAGCUUCAGCUGAUGUGGCUGCAGAUAUUGCUAAAUAUACCAGCAAAAUGAUGGAUGCCAUCAAAGGAACAAUGACUGAAAUAUAUAAUGAUCUUUCAAAAAAUACUACUGGAAGUACAAUAGCUGAGAUUCGGCGUUUGAGGAUCGAGAUAGAAAAACUUCAAUGGCUACAUCAACAGGAACUCUCAGAAAUGAAGCAUAACCUAGAACUGACAAUGGCUGAAAUGCGUCAGAGCCUGGAGCAGGAACGAGAUCGUUUGAUUGCUGAGGUGAAGAAGCAGCUGGAACUGGAAAAGCAACAAGCAGUGGAUGAAACCAAGAAGAAGCAGUGGUGUGCCAACUGCAAGAAAGAGGCCAUCUUCUACUGCUGUUGGAAUACCAGCUACUGUGACUACCCCUGCCAACAAGCUCACUGGCCUGAGCACAUGAAAUCGUGCACACAGUCAGCUACUGCGACACAGCAAGAAACAGAUACUGAAAUUAGCACAGAAACACUAAAUAAAUCAUCCCAACCCAGUUCAAGUGUGCAGUCUACACCCACAGAAACAGCCAGCACCCCUAAGGAAAAGGAAGGUUCAGCUGAUAAAAGCAAAGAGAGUGUUACAAUAGCAACAGGUGUGACAAGCAACCAGCCUAUAAAACUGGUCCAGGUACCACAGACCACCACCUAUAUUCCAACUACUCAACCCACAAUUGUAAGUACAACAUCAUAAUUUAAAGUCUGCAGCAGCACCGUGCCUGGCAUUAAAACUGCUCAGUAUCUCUGGGGGGUUGUCUCUGUCUGCUCUUCUAUCAAGGGAUGAAUUCACUGGUAGAGUCUCGACUUGCAGUGCAAAAUGUCUUCUUUUGCUGUGCAACAUUCCACCCCUUCAUUCCAUUCAUGAUUGCAAGGAUCCAGAGGUUGUUAAGUCUAGUGAAGGCACUGAGGACAGGCAGAUGCCAUUUCACAUUAUUGGUUCAUUUCAUGUAUAUACUUGACCACAACAUCAAUGUAAAUAUAUAGAAUUCAUUUUAAAUAUCUUUUAAAUAUCUUUUUGUCUAUGGUAUCCUAAAGAGAUUUAAUUAUUUCUGAGCUAUGCUUGAUAUUCCUGUGACAUCUCAGUACCUAUAAAAGAGAAUAUGCAUUUGUCAGCAGUGUCUCUGCCAUGGAGUCUUGCACAUUAGUGUUACAGAAUGAUGAGAAAUUGCAUUGGAAUCAGACCUUUUUUUUUUUCCCAUCAAAGGCUUAAGGACAGCUGAAUUCCCUAGUGUCAGUCAAAGGAGAUGGGACAGAAGUAAGUUUGAUUUUUGUAUUUAAUGCACCAUAAGAGCCCAUUAUUUCAGCUGGUUGUGCUCUGCAGGGCUCACGUCAGUCAGUGUGGCCCCUGAGCUGGCACUGCCCUGGUCCCAGCGCUGCCUCAGGUGGGGUUCAGCAGGGGAGCCCACGUGUGGGUAACUUCAGUUCAUUUCUGACUUCAAUCAGAUCAUUUAUAACAAUAACUAUGUACUGUUUUAACAGUGUACCCUAACCACACUGUGACUGGGAGGCCUGAUGUGCUGUCCAAGUCCCUCUGUCUGUCUCUCUCCUUGUGCACCCCCUACCAGCUGCAGGACACACCUGUGUGUGUGUCAGUGAAUACACCACAUGCACGAGGACAGAGAGUGUUUCACAGCCAUCAUAUUCCACACAAACUUAGUGGGGAUCGUGCUCUUAGUGGGGAUCAUCACAUCCCACAUUCCUCACAGCAUUUUAACUCCACUCCCUUGGUCUCAACUGAGAGCACUGUGCACCUUUGCAGCAUUGGCCCUGAGUUGCUUGGACUGAAUUACCAUUAACAACAAGGUUUUAUAUGUGUUUAAAAAUCCAACAGCAGACAUCAAAGGCGUUAGGCUUUUUUUUUUGUGAAGAGCUGUGAGGCUGUAAGAUCCUAAGGUGGUUUUGUGUAAUCAGAAAAAUGGCAGUUACUUUCAUAGGUUUUCUGUAACACAAAGUGUACUGAAGUUAUGUAAAGCAGAAUUGGAAGGUCUGAAAGGUUUCCAACUUUAUUUGUGCAUGUUUAUAACUUUGUACACAUUUGCAUUAGUCUUGCACAGCUACAGACACCUCUGUAUUCUAAUGACUGCACGUGCAAUUUAAAUGAUUUUAAACCUUAGUGCAUGUUUAAUAUGUAUGCAAAAUGUACAUAUGUGUAAAACUGGCAGAGGUGGAAAAUUUACCUCUCAGGGAAUGAUCUUAACACAUUUAAGGAGUCUCGCACAUUCCAUAUUCUGAUCGCGCUAAGAACUGAAACUUAAUUAUUUUCAUGUGUGUAAGUGUGUAUAUUUAAAAGGCGACUGUGGCAACCUUAAUUUCCCCACCUCUAGUACUGACAGUGACUUACAUAAUGGCUUCUUUAGGGUUCAGUUUGCACUUUGUGUCCAACUAGGAAUUCCUUCCUCUGAACAACUCCCAGUGUAUCUUCUGGGCACCAUUUCCAUGGAACCCUGUACACGCAUCUGAAAUCAUUACAAAAUGGCAGUAAUCUGGAAUUCAUUCAGAAAAUUGGUUCCAUGUUUGGUUUUGAUUCUUCCUGCAGUUAAAAUAAUGUAAAAAUAUGAAUCCAUCAUCUUUGCAUUCCAGGGGAUGGAACGAGUAGGCUUCUGGAAGGCACAGACUCUGUCUUUGUGGAAUACUAUUAAGACACUCGUGUGGUUUCUUGAAUCAGUGUGGGGAAACAUUGGGCUUCACUGAACUUGUAUUUCUUCUUCUGUGUUCUCUAUGGAAUGUCACACUACCACUGGGGGAAGAUCUGUGCAUCCCUUUCAGGUUCCUCAAAGUCUCACUCCCUGUCUCUUCCACAAGAUGUUGUGAACUGAAAUGGAUGCGUUUGUUUGAUCACCAGUUGUGCAUCACUGGAAUUGUAUUGGAACAUCCUUGCAGUUUGUAUGGUAGAGACAUUUCUAGACUUUCUCACGUUUUUGGAGGAAGGUUAAGAUACAGACUUAAGGUUCAAUAAAUCCUUUUACAGAUCUUCCAGAGUGAUGUGACCUUGACCAGAUUGUUUAACAUUCUUGUGCCUUUGUCUCUGCAUCUGUAGAAUCAAUUACCACCUAUAGAGAUGUCCUGAAACUCCAUUUGUCGAGAUGUAUAAAUCAUGAUCUGUAUGAUGGAAGUGAAAAGUUUAUUCUAUAUUAAUAUUUUUACAGGGUGUGUAAGACAGUUCCCAGUAAUGCUGAUGUUUUUGCUAUUGAUUUGUGCAAAAGUUAACUUAAGUACUUUUUUUGUUCAGAUGGAUGUUCUUUGUUCUCUUCUGUGUAGACUGAAUGCAUGGGGGAAAUAGUUCCUUUUGGGGAAAAAGAUUUAAGUAAUGUGUAACAAGAAUAUACUUAUAAACAAGGGUAUUUUUGUACUCCAGUUUGAUUUGUCAAAAACUUUUUCAAAUGACAAAGGAUUUUCUUAGCCCUUUUUCCUCUUCCCAUGUAUUAGUUUGCAGAAAAUACGUAACUGGAUGUAAUUCUGAGACCCUCACUCUCCAAGCACAGACAGCGUGUACAGUCCCUAUAGCACCUCCUGUCCCUGUAAUUCUAUAGCAGUAACAAGAACACACACAAACUCUUGGCUAUAGGGAAGUUAAAACACUACUUUGUCCCCUGGAACGAGGUAAUACUGCGGUUAUAAAGGUAUUAGUUCCUGCACAAAAUUGGCACUUGUUCUGGAUUUCCCCUGGAAGAUAAAUCUCUAUUUCUGUGGUCAUGUUUAUGUGACCUUUAACAUAACAAUCUGUUUCUCUUGGUUUUAAUCCACAGACCAUUCCUGUAGUGGUAAGUCCUUCUGCUGGGACAGUGGCAAUGAGAACUGGAGUUCAGUAUGUUCAGACCACAAUGCCAGUCCAAGUACGAAGAGUCUAACUGCUAACAAGAAGUCCAUACAAUUGUUGGAAUAAAUAAGUCUAAUAGAAAUGUGAAAAAUAAACACAGUUCUUUGGAUUAACCUCAAAGGUUCAGACUUUAGCUUUGUGUAUGUGUACAAAGCAUUAAUUACACUACAUUAAUGUAAAGCAUUAGUGCUGGCUUAGAAAAGCUGAGGACAGGUAAGAUCCAUAUUAAAUCUAUGCUUCUUUUGUAAAUAAUGUACAAUUUGUGGAUGUCAUUAGAGUACCAUCUCCUUUUUAUAUUUGUAUUGACUUUAACUUAUAAAGAGUGUUUGAAGUUGGAAAAGGAAGGUUUAAAACAGCCUUAUCACAACCUAAUGCUGAAAACUGGUCUUGGGAAAUGCGGUUAUGCAUCAAAUAAUACUAAGAAUCUGAACAUCUGUCUUUGCAUUUGGAUUGAAAAAAAUUUCUGCACUUUGAAACUCUUGUAGAGUUUCUUUGAACAACCAAGUGAUGAAGGAUACCUUUUUUCAGUUGAUUGCAUCAGGCAAAUUAUGACAUUUCCAAUCUGUGGAUCUGAAACACAAAGAUUUACGUUGUUUUUUUCAUAAUGACCAGACUAACAAAAAUUUCAUUUAGUCUAAGAUCAGAAAAGUGGGAAAGCGUAAUAGCAGCUGGUUGUAGAACGAUUUCUGAUCACUGACAUCGAAGACUGAGGAAAGUAAAAUUUGUUCCUGUGCUUCUUAUUUUUUAAAAAUUCUCCCAAAGGACUUUGAACAAGAAUUAGGUGUGGAGAAAACCACGGAUCAGGAAACACGGGCAAAGGACUUUUGAUGCUGGGCCAGAGCAUGUGUUAUUUAUAUGAUGGAAUUCCUGUUUUUCUGUAAGCAUGAAGCAGUGCAGUACGAGAGGAGCUCCCCCUGCAGAUGCUGUCUGUUACACUGAGACUGUAGUCCCAUUUUGUAUGUUGUGUAAAACGAAAGCAUUGAACAAAGCAAAGGUGAUGUAUGUAUAUGAGAAAAUUAACUGUAUGAUAUCAUUCCAGUACAUUCUGUUGUACAUUUUAGUCAUGUUGAUUUCUCCCAUUGUUUAUAUAAGAAUGCGGUUUGUACAGUCUCCAGCUAGUCCCCAGAUUAGAGGGAAAAAAGUAUUAGAAGGAAAAAAAAAAAAAAAGGCAAGAACAGAAUAUUCAUUAAUUGCAGUUGUGUCAAAACUAGCCUAGCUGGCCUUAUUUGUGAAGCAUAAUUGCUUUUAGCAUAUGGAAGUAUUUUUUCACAUUUUCUUUGUAUAAAAUUUGUAUUAAACUUAAAUAUCUUUUUUGACAA